AUGUCUCAAAGCGACGCAGGAGCAGAAGCUAGGAAAAAGGCCGAGCAGGCCAAGGCAGCAGCUGAGGAUGGCAAGGACACUAUUCUGAAGAAGUUGGAAGAGGAUGGAGUGUAGGUGGAAGCAAAAAUCCUCAUAUCUACCCUCAACUCACGAUAAACUGCAGUGUCAACCCCAAGGGCCUCUCCAUGGCAGCUUUUGGCGGUCUCUUCCUCGCCUUCGUUCCCGUAACCUCCUGGCUCGCAACCCCCAACGGCGUCUUCGAAAAAGCCGUCAACGGCGUCAUCAGCAGCAUCGGCUACAUCUCCACCGCCGGCUCAACUUCUGUUGUCCCUCAGACUGGCAAGAUCGCAGCCCUAGGAGCUCUCUACGUCACCGUCACCUACGCCUUCUCCGGCGCGGGCAGCGCUGCGGGAGCAGAUGCCGGCAACAAGGACGGAAGAGAUAACAACCAUCCUCGCGCGCAAUUGAGCAACCUGAGGGGUUUGCCGUUGCGAUUGUAUUCUGCGCAUCAGAAUCUCAUGGAGAUGUUCCCCGGUUGGGCAGUCAGCGCGGCUCUUGCGCAGGCGAUCGCGCCGGGUGACCAGACUGUCAUCACUCUCUUGGGAAUGCACGUUAUUGCGAAGACCCUGGUGUAAGUCACGAUACCUCAAGGGACGAAAGAAGAUGCUGACUAUUGGAAAGCUACUACCCAAGCUACAUCGCCAACGUGGGUCUGCCGCGUACCCUCUCGCACGUUGUCGCUACUGCCAGUGUCAUCAACGUUCUCCUGAGGCUCUCCAAGAAGCCAUUGAUCUAA